AUGUCGUCCAAGCCUGUCAUCGUCCUGGUGCCUGGCGCUUGGCAUGUCCCCGAGGCCUACCAUCUCGUAGUUGGUGAGCUGGAGGCGGCCGGCUACGAGACCAGGGGUGUCAAAUUCGCCUCCGUCGGCUCGCCCGAGCCGCUCAAGGACAUUCAACCAGACGUGGAGGCCAUUCAACAAGUGAUGAGACCUUUGAUCGAAGACCAGGGAAAAGACGUCUUGCUCGUCGUCCACUCGUAUGGGGGAGUGGUAGGAAACGAAGCCGUGAAGGACUUGGACAAGGCCUCGCGUGCAAAGCAGGGCAAAAAGGGAGGAGUAUCGCACAUCUACUUUUGCUGUGCAUUCGCCCUUCCCGAGGGUGUGUCCUUGAUGGACGCUCUGAACCAGACGCCUUUACCGUGGUUCCAAAUCAAUGACUCAGAAGACAUUGUUACACCCGCCACGCCAAUUGACACCUUCUACAACGACGUGGACGGUCCAGAGAAGUACGUGGCGAUGCUGAAGCCGCAUAGUUAUCGCACCUUCUUUUCAAAGAUGACGAACCCUGGCUGGAAGUAUAUACCGAGUACAUAUCUGCUGUGUGAGAAAGAUGAGGCGAUCCCACUUCAUGCGCAGAAAGGCAUGGUCGAGGGAGCUCAAAAGGCCGGGGCACAGAUGAAGGUUGAAAGUAUGGACGUCAGUCAUUCCCCGUUCCUGAGUAUGCCACAGGAGCUAGCGAGGUCGAUUAGGCGGGCGGCGGGUGAGUCAGUGUAA